AUGAAGGUUCUAAACUUUCUCUUGGCUUUCAUUCUGCUUGUUGCCGUGGUUCAUGUUGAGCCAAACCUAGCUGGUAGGGUAUUGAACAUGAAUGAACCACUGAAUCUAAUGUCCCUAGACAACAAGGGUCCUGUGACUCCCUCAGGGCCUUCUACCUGCACAUAUAUCCCCCGAACCGGUGGCAAAAACUGCCCUCCUCUGGAAGAAAUGAAUGUCGCAGGAAACUUUCAGCACCACGGUGGUGAAACUUAUCCUCGUCUUGUUCUAAACUUUAUUUUGAUUCUGAUUCUUGCUGUGGUUCAUGUUGAGCCAAACCUAGCGGGUAGGGUACUGAACAUGAAACAACAACUGAAUCUUGUGUCACUAGAAAAGGGUCCUGUGCCUCCCUCGGGACCUUCUACAUGCACGUAUAUCCCAGGAACCGGAGGCAAAAACUGCCCCCCUUUGGAGGAAAUGAAUGUGGGAGGACACGUUCAACCCUCCAGUGCUGAAACUUAUCCUCGUCUCGUUGUUCCAUUUGGUUUGGCAACCAAUCAACAUUGA